CAAAAACUCAAAACCUCAAAUAAAAAGCCCCAAUUGAAAUUAGGGUUUAUGUGAGCGCAGAUCUUCAUCAGUUUUCUAUCUCAAGCAGAAGCUCGGCUGCGAUUCUACCAUGGCCGUCGGAAAGAACAAGAGGAUUUCAAAGGGAAAGAAGGGAGGCAAGAAGAAGGCUGUUGAUCCAUUCGCAAAGAAGGAAUGGUAUGACAUCAAGGCUCCAUCAGUUUUCAGCAACAAGAACGUUGGGAAAACCCUAAUUACCCGAACCCAGGGUACAAAGAUUGCAUCCGAAGGUCUCAAGCACCGUGUGAUUGAGGCGUCCUUGGCUGAUCUUCAAGGUGAUGAGGAUCACGCUUACAGGAAGAUCCGCCUGAGAGUUGAAGAUGUUCAGGGAAAGAAUGUUCUCACUAACUUCUGGGGAAUGGACUUCACCACAGACAAGUUGAGAUCACUUGUCAGGAAAAGGCAAUCACUUAUUGAGGCCCAUAUCGAUGUGAAGACUACUGAUGCAUACACUUUACGUAUGUUCUGCAUUGCCUUCACCAAGAAGCGUGUAAACCAGCAGAAAGUUACAUGCUAUGCUAAGGCUAGCCAAGUCCGCCAGAUUCGGAGGAAGAUGCGUGAGAUAAUGGCUAACCAAGCACAGUCCUGCAGUCUGAAGGAAUUGGUUCUAAAGUUCAUUCCCGAGUCAAUUGGGAAAGAGAUUGAAAAGGCAACUUCAAGCAUAUAUCCCCUUCAGAACGUGUACAUCAGAAAAGUGAAAAUCUUGAAAGCACCCAAGUUUGACCUUGGGAAGUUGAUGGAGGUUCACGGUGAUUACACAGAAGAUAUUGGAUCAAAGUUGGAUAGGCCUGCAGAGGAGCCAGUUGCUGAGCCAACUGAGCUUGUUGGAGCCUAGAGAUGUCCAUGUUUUGUUUGGUUUUUUCAUGAAUUUGAUACUAGUUCUUUAAGAUAUUUUUUUCUCGAUUGAAAAUCUGUGUUGUAGUUUUUAUGGAUUCUGAGCUCUCAAUUUCACCAGAUUCUCAUCUUCCUUUAUUA